GCGGUCUUCUCCUCCUUCGAGAAGAACGGAGACCUGCGCGGUUUGUUUUUCCUUCUCCACGUUCCUCCUCCCCCUGCCGCCCGAAUUCCUCUCUAGGGUUUCGCUUCAGAUCUCUUCCUCUCCGGCAAUCGGGUUCUUAGGGUUUGUGAGGCCGAAGUGAGUCUUCGUCGCCAUUUCUUUGAAGUUAUUGGCAGCGGUUGCGCGUCAGUGCAGUAUGGAGGAUUGAAUUCUGAACGGUGGAGUCUGUUUGAUGAUCUGUUGAUGAGGGACGAAAUGGAGAGCGAUGGAGAAGUAGAUGGAAGAGGUGUGGGAGAUUCUUUGGAUGAUGAAAUGAGAAGAGAUUCGGUAACCAAUGCGCCGCAUUUGAGGAAAUUGGGAACAAGAGGUUUAGGCGUUUCGCCAUCACUUCGUGCUGGCUUGCAGCAUUGUAAUUCUGCACCUAUAAAAUCUAAUGAUAGUAGUUUGCUUCGUGAUGAUCGAGAUGCUGCCUUAUCUAGAUCAAAGACAGACAAGAGAGAAGCCAUGAAGUGCGACUUAAUGUUGGACAUGCUAUCGGAGAGGGAAAAGGUGUCUCUGUGCUCCAAUAAGAAGAUUAUGGAGGACUUGGUGAAAAUCCAGAAUAAUGGCACUGUGGAGGUUAAUGUAACUCAGGGAGCUCCAGUAGCAACAGAAUUGUUGAAACUUGAUGCUAUUGAUUUUUCUUAUUUUGAGCUUGAAGAGGAUAUCUCUGGAUUCAACAAAUCAAUCCCUAAACUGAAGAUUGCUAUGCUUGUUGUUGGAACAAGAGGAGAUAUACAACCAUUCAUAGCUUUUGCAAAGAGAUUGCAGGAAUUCGGUCAUCAUGUUAGGUUAGCAACUCAUGUCAACUACCGGAAUUUUGUAAGGUCAGCUGGUGUUGAGUUUUAUCCAUUGGGCGGUGAUCCUCGGAUAAUGGCUGGAUAUAUGGUAAGAAACAAGGGUUUUCUACUCUCCGGUCCUACAGAAAUAUCAAUACAAAGAAAGCAGCUGAAGGAGAUUAUAAACUCUCUCCUUCCUGCAUGCACAGAACCCGACAUAGAAACUGGUGUAACCUUCAGAGCUCAAGCAAUUAUAGCAAAUCCUCCUGCAUACGGACAUGCACACGUUGCUGAAGCUCUUCGUGUACCUCUUCAUAUCUUCUUCACAAUGCCUUGGACGCCAACAAGCGAGUUUCCUCAUCCUUUGGCACGUGUUCCUCAGACUGCUGCAUAUCGGCUUUCAUAUCUUGUCGUGGACCUAAUUGUUUGGUGGGGAAUCAGAGGGUUUAUUAAUGACUUCAGAAAAAGAAAACUUAAGUUGCCCUCAAUCACUUACUUCAGUACGUAUCAUGGAUCUAUAUCACAUUUGCCAACAGGCUACUUGUGGAGCCCCCACCUUGUGCCUAAGCCAAAUGAUUGGGGUCCUUUAGUAGAUGUUGUUGGAUUCUGUUUCUUGGACCUUGGAACCAAUUAUCAGCCAUCUAAAAAGUUUGCACAAUGGCUUCUACAAGGGUCAAUGCCUUUAUACAUUGGUUUUGGUAGCAUGUUUCUGAAGACUCUUCGGAUAUUUUCUUCAUAGAUGAUUGCCCUCAUGAUUGGUUGUUUCCUCGAUGCACUGCAGUGGUUCACCAUGGUGGGGCUGGUACAACAGCUGCAGGACUAAGAGCUGGGUGUCCCACCACCGUCGUGCCCUUCUUUGGAGACCAAUUCUUCUGGGGUGAAAGGAUAGUUUCAAAAGGAGUUGGACCACCACCUAUUCCCAUAUCAGAGCUCAAUGUUGAACGUCUCUCUAAUGCCAUAAGAUUUAUGCUUGAACCAGAGGUGAAGCUACGAGCAAUGGAGUUGGGCAAGCAGAUAGAGAAUGAAGAUGGUGUGGAAGGAGCGGUGAACGCUUUCCAUAAACAUCUUCCCACCAAACUACCCCUACCCAUAAUUCCUUCACCUCCUACCUCCGACCAGCUUCCACGCCCCUUCCAAUGGCUUCUCACUGUAAUAGAGAAAUGGUGUUGUCUUCCAUCCGCUUUGUUAUAGUCAUAUUUGUUGCAGUCAGUGUAAAUAAAUAUUAAUUUAAUUUUAGGAAAAUUUACACACGUUCCACACAAUUUUUAUGCAUUUACAUCUCUCCCACCUAACCUAAACUUUCAUAUUUUCAUACAUUGUGUAUGAAAUGGUGUUAACAUGAAAGAUUAGGCCUGAGAUAUGUAAAUACCCAAAAACUGUGUGAUGCGUCUGUAAAUUUCUAACUUUCUUUUAUUCAUCUUUUCAUCAUUGAUUCCUUAUCAAUAUUGUAGCAAUAAUUCGCACCCC